AGAAAUACUUCCAGCUUGUAGAGAAGUGCUUCGACUCGGUUCCCCGCCUCCAGGCAGUCUUGUUCGCAACCCGCCAACGUCCAUUUCUUCUCAUCCUGUAGCCUUAGCAGACAACUAGGCGCAAGUGAAACAAGUAUGGCUGACCAACUUACAGAGGAGCAGAUUGCUGAGUUCAAGGAGGCCUUCUCCCUGUUUGACAAGGAUGGCGACGGCACCAUCACCACAAAGGAACUGGGCACCGUCAUGAGAUCAUUGGGUCAAAACCCUACAGAGGCCGAACUCCAGGACAUGAUCAAUGAGGUGGAUGCCGAUGGCAACGGGACUAUUGACUUUCCUGAGUUCUUGACAAUGAUGGCCAGGAAGAUGAAAGACACUGACAGCGAGGAGGAGAUUAGGGAGGCAUUCAGGGUCUUCGAUAAGGAUGGCAACGGUUUCAUUAGCGCUGCAGAGCUGCGUCAUGUGAUGACUAAUCUGGGGGAGAAGCUGACAGAUGAAGAAGUGGAUGAGAUGAUCAGAGAAGCAGACAUCGACGGAGACGGUCAGGUCAACUAUGAAGAAUUUGUUCAGAUGAUGACUUGCAAAUGAAGCGGGCUCACAUUUAAGACCAAGAAUCAGUCAAAUGUUUCACUUACCUCUUAUUGCAAAAAUCUACAUUUAUUCAUACUGUUCUGUAUAGACAACUUACAAUGAAUGUUGGAAAACUGAAACUCUGUCCGUAUUAACAAGCUCAAAAAAAAGGUAAAAAAAAAAGACAAAAAAUGAAACGAGUGCAUGUACUGGCUUGUGUUCCCGCCGCCCAGUGGUGAGCUGCCCAAUCGGAUCUCGACUUAUUAGCCAAGCGGCCUCUCUGCAGCUGGCUCAUUCUGGCCGCUGCCCUUCUGCUUCCUGGUUCCAUCUGCCUGAUGUCAUCGAUUCUUUGGGCUGGCCAGUCGCCUUUCUUCUACCACUUCCUGUUUCCUUUCUUUCUGUUCUAUAUGCAUGCCGCUUUGGACUAGUUACUGUUGACAAUGGGGUGCCCGUGGCAGGAAGUAGGAGGGACCCGUUGGCUAGGGGGGAGGGGUUAGUUGUCACAUGGGCGUGAGCGAGUCAGCCUGCAUAAAGAUAUUGGAAAUGGAAUACAUAAGACUUCAUAUUAGACCGUCUUUCUGGCAUGGCAGGAGAUUUGCUUUUAUCCUUUUAUGUGUUUACCUUUUUUGAGGGGAGGAGGGGUGGCAAGAGGCGGGUGUGUCCUCCUGUCACGAGGGCUUUUCCAGGUGUGAUUUCUGGUGUAAGGUCGGCAGGUCUCAACGGGAACGUUCCAACGUUUCAGUUGAACUUGAAUGAAAGCUGUUAUUCCUCACUGAAGCAUGUUGGGGUACGUUGUAUUGGCUCUGAUGUUGUGUAUGUAUCACUUCUGUGGGGAUGUUCAUUUCAGUUUAGUGGGGACCGGGUCGGUGCUUUGCGGCAUUUCUAGUGUGUGUGUGUGUGUGUGUGUGCGUGCGUGUGUGUGCGUGUUGGGGGUUGGGUGCUUGCGGUGAGGCCCGGCCCAGUCCAACUGUUCUGUCUAGUUCAGUUGAUCUGCAUUCCAAGUUGUACAUGCUAGUCUUUACAUUUUGUUUUUCCAAUAAAAGACCAUAAAUUCAAA